ACAGUGCAGUAGGCGUGGAGAAGAUUUUUUUUUUCUUGUAUGAAACAUAAAUUAAGUUGCAGUUACUUGUGUAAUAUAAUUUAUUUACAAAUAUUUUAUCUUUAAAAAAGUAACCAUUUAUAUUUCAAAAAAUAAUUCCCAUCAAAGUUUGAAUCAUUUUAAUUGCGUAUAUCUUAAAAGAAUUUCUUUGAAUUGCACGAAUUUGACUUGACAUCUGUUCCAUAAUAUAUGGUUUGAUUUACAAGCGGAGUAAAAAUCAUAAUAAACAUAAAGUACCGAGUGAAGCAGCAUAAGCAUGCUGAGUCUUGUGACUUUCUUCAGAAUUUAUUUUGUAAAGCAUUUAGUUAGGAAUUUUCCUUCAUAAUGCGUAAUUGAAAUUGACAAGUAAUAUGGUAAAAUUUAUACAAUAGUGCUGCUUGAGAAAGUCUUUCUUUUUGUCUGUUAUUCUGCAGUUUCUUGGAAAGAUUUUUAGAGAUCAUGACAGUAUCUAAUCAAUUGGUAGUUCCAGUUACCUUGUGGGGUCGUGCAGCUCCAACACAUUGUAUCUCAGUUAUUUAUUUAACACAUGACCAAAAGACUAUAAUUACUGGGUGUAAUGAUGGCCGUAUUUGUGUUUGGGACUUCAAAGAUAAGCAAAAAAUUGUUCCACGGUGUCUGUUAUUUGGACAUACAGCUCCUGUUUUAUGUUUGUCCCAUGGAAGUGCAGCUACUGAUAGCACAUUAUUAGUCAGUUCUUCUGAAGCAGGAGAAAUGUCUUUGUGGGAUGUUACUGAUGGCCGUUGCCUUGAAACUGUGAAAUUGCCUUACAUUCACACUGCUAUACAUUCUUAUCAGAUGUCUGGAACAAAUGAUAUUAGGCUAUUCUGUAAUGGCUAUUAUGCUGAAAUAUUAGUUAUGGAUGUUUUGACCUUAGAUAUCUUCUUCACAUUGUCAUCUCGUGUCAAUCCAGACUGGAUGAGUGCAAUUCAUGUUCUUCGCCCUCCUAAAAGUCAAGAUGAUGUAAUAGUGGGUUUAUCUGCAUCUGGUUAUGUAAAAAUUUGGACGUUAAAUGGAAAUGAACCCAAAAAUGAACCAGUUUAUGAAGAUGAAUCUAAACCCAUUCGAUGUCUUAAUGCUUUAAAACUUACCUGCUGUCCAUAUAAUCAAAGAACUGUUUUAAUUGUGUGUGCAAAGUAUUGGCAUAUUUAUGAUGCUGGAGAUUUCUCCUUGCUUUGCUCUUCAGAUAAUCCAAGAGAUGAACGUUGGUUGGGAGGAGAUUUCCUAUCAGCUGACAGAGUUAUUAUAUGGAGUGAUAGUGGUAAAGCAUAUAUGUUCAAAUUACCUGGAAAUAAAUUACGAGGAAGACAAAUGAGCUGUAAUGCUGAAAGUAAAGAUUUCCACAAAGCAAAAGGUGUUGAUCGACCGAUAUUGUAUAGCAUUUUAACUGUACCUGUUGAUAAACGCCUACUUUGUCCACCAUCAUUUAGUUUUGUUCCUGCUCGUGGUCAUCACCAGAAAGCCUUGCUUCGUGGUGACUCGAGUGGUACUGUUGCAUUUUGGAAUAUUCCUGACAUUAGUGACACAGACAUGGGGAAAACAAAGGAUGGAAAAUGCCCAGAACACCAUCCUUCUGUGUCAUUAAGUCUACAAGAAGCUUGGGAAACUAUGAAACCACCACCAGCUGGUAUUUUAGAUCAGUUAUAUACGCCUGAUUCUCCAAAUCUGAAGUUGACUGCUAGUGUGUAUCUACCACUUCAAGGACGACUGGUGUGUGGCAGAGAAGAUGGUUCUAUUAUUAUUAUAUCUGCUACACAGACAGUUCUUCUUCAACUUCUGUAUGGAAAACAUCAGUCUUAUGAAGAUUGGCCUCCGCAUCAGUUGCUUAAUGGACAUAAUGGACGUGUGAAUUGCCUUUUGUAUCCACACCUUAUUCAUAGUCGUUAUGAUAUUGCGCAUUUGCUAUCUGGAGGAGUUGAUUUUAGUGUAUGCCUUUGGGAUAUUUAUGCUGGACAUUUGCUUCAUCGUUUCUCUGUACAUGCUGGGGAAAUAACACAACUAAUUGUCCCUCCUGUAAAUUGCAACAAUCGUGUUCUUCAAUCUGUUUGCUCUGUUGCAAGUGAUCAUUCAGUUGCAUUACUUGCUCUAAAAGAUAAAAAAUGCAUUAUGUUAGCAAGCCGUCAUUUGUUCCCGAUUCAGGCUAUUAAAUUUCGUCCAUUAGAUGACUUUCUGAUAGUGUAUUGUAGUGAUGGUUCUCUGUAUGUUUGGCAAAUGGAAACAGGUCACUUGGACCGCUAUGUCCAAGGGCUUACUGCAGAGGAAAUUUUGAAUGCGUGUGAUGAAAAUAUUGUGAGUUCCGGUGAUCGCAUGACAAAUCCAGCCAUUCAUUUCUUCCGAGGCUUACGUCAUCGAAAUUUGGCUGCAAUUCGACAUGCUACACAAAGAGGUUUGAAUCAGUUACAUCAUCCUCAAUCACAUGCAGCUCAACAUGCAGCUGACAAUAAUGAAAUCCAGAGAACUAGAGCUCAGCCACUUGUUAUCCAAGGAUUACGAACUAAUCCCAAAGAUCAAGAUAGUCAUGUUUUGUUUUUUGAUAUAGAAGCACUUGUUGUUCAAUUAUUAACUGAGGAAUAUGCAUCUCUCUCUCCUGGACAGUUAGAAGUUCAAGGUCUUAUAAACCCUUCCGAGCAGCAAAAGUACUUAGCUCUCUCUACCUCUCCUGAUACCCAGAGAAAAUUUUCAGGUCUUAUAGCCAAAAUGAAAGAUACUGCUGAAACUGCAGCUCAAAAGAUUCAAGCCAAAGCUGAAAGUGUAGGAUUUAAAACUACAUCUGGAGAAGUUACAAUACGUCGAAAGGAUUCUGGAGAGAGUGCUUCAAGUACUGAUGCUUCUGGGAGAAAAUCUCGUCAAAUGAAUCUAGCUGAAACAAAUUUAACUAUGGAAAUUGCUCAACUUUUGUUAAGUGUACUUCAUGCAUGGGGACUUGAUCCAGAACUUGACAGAGUUUGUGAGAGCAAAUUAGGUCUUUUACGUCCUAUGAGACCUGUGUGCUUUGGGUUGUUAUCUCGUGGUGGCCAUAUGGCUCUGAUAUUACCCACUUACUUACAUGCUCUUCAUGAUGGAAAAGCUGUUGAACCUGCUGUUCCUAUAGAAGGAAAGCAUGUUCGAUUAGUAGCCCCUGCUAUACCUCCUGAACUUGUAAUGGAAGAGGAAAGAGCUCGUAUAUUUUCUUCCCGAGGUCACUGGGAACUUUCAACAGCAGUUACUACAACUCAUUUAUUAGCCAUAAUUGCUUUAGCCAAUACUUUGAUGUCAAUGAAUAGUGCUACAUUUGUUCCAGAACAAGAAAGAAGGAGGAAAUUGCACAGAAGACUGAGCCGAGCAGAUAGCAAAGCUGUGAAUUCUCAGCCCUCAUCUCCUGGUACUCCUGGUAGUGUAGAUGCAAAAAAUAAGGAUGAUGUUGUCCAAGCAAUGAUGGCAGCUGAAGCUGGAGUUUUUAGCAGCCAGCAGGCUCAGAUCAAACAAGGCUGGAGCUUACUAGCUGCACUCCAUUGUGUUCUUUUACCAGACUUAGUAAAAUCAGAGAAAUUUAAGUGUCCUCAGGUAGAAAUGCUUGCUCGGCGUUGGCAAGAUCGUUGCCUAGAGGUUAGAGAAGCUGCUCAAGCACUACUUCUAGCAGAACUGAGGCGAAUAGGGCCUAAAGGUCGAAAACAGUUAGUUGAAGAGUGGGCACCUUAUCUCCCAAAUUAUGGAGAACCAUACCCAAAACCACAAGCUUCAGCACCACAGCAAACAACAGAUGAUUCUGCUAAUGUCACUUCUGCAUCUCCUGCCUCGAAUUAUAAUAACAAUAUUAAUAAUUCUGUGGCAAAUGCAAAUGAUGCUAAUAAUGUUAAUGCCAAUGAUCAAGUUCAAAUCAAGGAUGAAGAUCAUUCUUCAGAUGAAGAUGAAGGUGACGAGCAUAGCUUAGAAGAAACUAGUUCUAAUAGACCGUCUAGUGCCACUGAAGGAAAAAGAAAGCAAACAACAGCCAUUGUGCUCUUAGGAGUAAUUGGAGCUGAAUAUGGUCAUGAAAUCGAAACAAAUAAGAAAAAGACUCCUGAAGAUCAGAAACGUCGAAGUGUCGUAGAUGGUUUUGGUCUUUCCAACUACUCUCUUGCUAGAUAUACCAGUCAAGCUUUAGCAUUUUUAUUACUAGUACCUCCAUCACCUUCAUUCCCUGCUCACACAGCUCUCAGAAGAGCUGCAAUUGACUUGAUUGGAAGAGGAUUUACAGUUUGGCAACCAUAUUUAGAUGUAUCAAAAAUAUUACUUGGCCUUUUAGAGUUAUGCUGUGAUUCAGAUAAAUUGGUUCCCAGUAUGUCCUAUGGUCUUCCAUUAACUCCAGCUGCUGAUUCCUGUCGAACAGCUCGCCAUGCUUUGUCUCUCAUAGCUCUUGCUCGUCCUCCAACAUUCAUAACUUGUUUGGUGAAAGAAGUAGCCCGUUAUAACACACUUGCCCAAAAUGCACAAGCCCUCAACAUUUCAAUGCAUAUGACUGUUUUAAGUCGUUCAAAACCAGAAAUACUUAGAGUUAUUGAGCUUCUUAUUGAUAAAAUGCAAACAGAUGUUUCAGAUUUACUUGUUGAGGUCAUGGAUAUAGUGAUACAUUGUCUUGACCAUACUCAGUUGAAAGUUCGAGGCUUAAAGGAAUUGUUUCCUGCAAUUUGCAGGUUUUAUAAUGUCACAUAUUGCAAUUCAACAAGACGUAUAGCAGUUGGAGCGAAAAGUGGAGCAUUAGCUAUUUACGAAUUGAGAGCUUCAAAAUGUCAGACAAUUUCAGCUCAUGCUGCUGCUAUAAAUGCUUGUGCAUUUUCACCUGAUGGAAAAUAUUUAGCAUCUUAUUCAAACAAAGAAAAUAAGCUGUGUUUCUGGCAGACUGCUACUGGUCUAUUUGGACUUGGUAAUGCCCAAACUCGUUGCAUUCGAACUUACAAUACGCCCCAUCUGAGUGAAGCUGUGAAAAACAAUCCACUACGCAUGGCAAGACUUCAAUGGGCAGCAAAUAAAGUUGUCAGUUUGAUAACUGAUGAUAAUUUAGAAUAUCGAUUUAGUGUUACUUGAGUCUCUGUGUUAUUUUACCCAAUAUGUUUUUAUUUCAGAAAUCUUACGUUUUGUUAUAUGCUUGAUGCAAGUAGCAUAAAAAUAUAUAUGUAUAUUAAAUUCUUGUUCUGUUGAAACUUUUGGAGAUUUUAAUUACUUGUUACUGUUGAUUUGCCUAAAUAUAUAAACAAGAUAGAAAUUAGAAUUUCUGUUUAUUUUUCCUUUUCUUCAUAUGCUUUGUAUAUAAAUGUUGAUUUAUUAUGUAUGUGUGAUCAGUUGGAAGAAUUCAUGAACUGUUUUGAUGAAGCAAAGAAAGAUAGUGAGAUACUCAUUUGGCUUAAAUAGUUGUCACAAAUGUCUUUCUUCCCUCUCUAUUAUUUUAUAAUAUAUUAUCAUAAUUUAAAAUCCUUCUGAACAACUUCUAUUUUUUUAGUAAAAAAAUUAUAAAUCAAUGUAUUUGUGAUGGAUAAAGCAUUAAAUAAGCAUUCAUUAUCCAAAUAUUUUUAAUGUAAGAAUUUUUCUUAAUGGUACUUUUGAGAAUUUUUUAAAUAAUUAAGAUUAGAUAUGAAUGAAUCAAAUCUUUACUAUAUAAAUUUCUGCAACCUGGACAUAAUUGCAUUUAACAUAUUUUGUCAGAUUAGACAUUUUGACAUUUUUAAUUGUAUUUCAAAUUAUUUAGUUUUGUCAUUUGUAAGAUCUUUUUAUUAAUAUUUAGACUUUGUAUAACUUGUGAGAUUUAUUUAUAGUGUAAAAUAAUGUGUAGGUGUAAAACACAUGUGUCAAAAUAAUGGAUAAAUAUGACUUCAUAUAUUUCCAAUUGUUAUGGAAACAAGCAUUUUCAUUGAAAAUUAAUUUUAAGUUCAAAAAAUUUCAUUAUGCUUUUAAUUAUGAAUUUUGCACCUGUAUAUCUGUUAUACAUAUAUUAAAUAUAUCCAUGAUUGAGUACUUAUUACUAUAUAUUUGAAAAACCUAUCAAUGUUUAUAUUGACUAAAUUAGCACAAACUGAAAAAUUCUUCUCAAACUGAGAAUAAAAUUACUUUAUUUAUACAAAAUAUUUUAUUUUGUAAAAUAAUUGCUUUAUGAAUUUUAUUUAUGCAAAAGAAUUUACUAAAAAAUAUCUGGUAUUUGAAAUAUUAAUGUUCUUUUUUAAUAAAGUAAAGCACACUAAUUUUUGUUGUUAUAACAUUUGAUAAAUAGUUAUCAACAUACAAGAGUCUAUAUAGCUGUUUUGUGAUAUAAAAAAUAGUGUCACUUCUUAAGUAACUUUUGCUCCUGGUUGGUUUAAACUUUAAUGAUUCAAAAUCUAAAAACAUUGUAUUUAUUUAACAUAUCACCAUUUGAUUGUUAUAAUUAUCUUUAGUCAAUCGUCUGUGAAUCAUUUGUAAGUAAUUUCCACAAGUGACUUGAAUUGUCCACCGAAAUUCAUCAGUUUCGUUUAAAGCUCGUUAUGCAGCAACAAACAUUUUGUAAAUACGAUAGUUUGGAAAAUAUUUGUGAUAAAAUAUUUCAUUUUAUAUUUUAUGUAUAAAGAUACUUUGGUUUUGUUUAUUCAUAGAAAAAACUUAAUAUGUGAUAUAAAUGGGGAAGUUUCAUUCUGUAUAUUACAAAUGCAUGUUCUCUUUGUCUCGCAGAGUCUUGUUUUCUAUCUAUAGUUCAAAAUAUUGUAUUUUUGUUCUACAAUAACCCCAUUUAAAAUUUAGUUAAGUAUAAGCAUAUGUGUAUUUGCAAAAAGAAAGGAAAUAUUCCAUUUAUUGUUUAUUGAAAUUAUUGUUGUAUAUCAAAAAUCUUGUUUCCAUUGUUUAUUGAAUUUUUAAUUAUUUUCAAAUUUUUUUUGAUGGACAUAACAUAGAUUGUUUAAUUUCUUGCAUUAUUUUUUUUUUGUUUUAAAAUUCUUAUAGAAGUAUUGCUAUGAAGGACAAAUUAAUAAUCAAAAAAAAAUUAACCAUGAUUAUUUCUUUUUUUAUAUAUUUUUGUUGGAAUUUUAAUCACAUUUAUGCAUUUGUCAGAAAAGUUAAAAUGAGACGAGCAUUUUGAAUCAGGAUCAGUUGGAUUCAUUCAGGUAUCAAAUCCAUAUUCUAAUUGGGUUGUAAUUUCAAAUUGAAUAAGUAGCAUUUUCUGAUUAUAUUUGUUCCAUUGUGUAAAGUUAACUUAUCAUGCAUAUUGAUUCCUAUAUCAGUUAUAUUUAUAUGUAAAUGGAUUUAUUUUUAUGAAAUGUUGGAUCAUGUAAAUAUUUGUGCUUGUAGUAUUUAAUCUGUUGUAGACUAUUUAUUAAGAUUACCCUAGGUUUCCAUUUCUCUUCUUGGUUGAUGUUUUUACUCUGUAGCUAUUUGGCAUUGUGUUUACUUUGAUAGAUGAAGUUCACAAAAUCAUAUAUUGCUUACUUAUUUCUUUCUUCAUGCAGUUUUUUUUUUUUUUUUUUUUUUUGUCGUCUAUGAUUAUUUUUUUCAUAUUUUUGAUAAUUUACAAUCUUAAAAAAUUGAUAUUGUACAUAUUAAAUCCAUUCAUUUAUAUAGUAGAAAUGUCCCAUAUAUUCAAGUAAACAUUCAAUAGACAGAAUUUUCAGUGAUAUCAAUACUUAUUAAAUAUUUUCGACUUAGAAUGUGACUAAUGUUUCAUGAGCAAGAUUUCAAAUGUUUAAUCAAGAUCUUCUUUCAGAGAAUUGAAUGUUUGUACAAUUUUUCCCUUACUUCCCAAUGCCAGCAGACAAGCUGCUAAACUUAAAAUAUCUCUAUGUAAAAUCUGUAUAUGUGUGUUUGCUGAAAACUGUAAUGUGUAAUCUGAGUAAAUGCAAUAUCAUUGUAUAUUAUAGAACUAGUCAUAUAUAUGUGUAUAUAUAUAUUAAGAAUUGGUUGUGUAACUGGAGACAUCAAGUAUUAGUCUGGUUAAUAAUUCAUAUUAGAUUCUUAGAAUUACUAAAAAUAUAUCACAACAAUGAUAUAUUUCUAAUCUUAUUAAAGAGUACUCAGUUUCUUCAUGAAACUAAUGAAUUUGUUUCUGAAAAUAAUAAAUACUUUUGAUAUUUCAAAAUUUAACUACGCUAAAUAAUGGAUUAAAAUCAGGCAAAUUAAAAUCAUUUCUGCUAGAUUUAAUUUGAACUGUUUACUGAUGUAGAAUAAUUCUUUAAGAUCUUAAUUAUAGUCAUUGUUUUAAAAGCUUAUUU